AUGCAGCCAAAAAAUGUUCAGGAACGUUUAGAAUCUUUGAAUGCCAUAGAUGCUCGUCUUUGUGCUAUGACUGACCGUGCUGCUGAAGUUGUUACCACUUUUAGUGAAUUGAAGCGAGGAAACGAAAGCUUGAAACCAACUUUCCAGCAAAAUAUAAAAAACUUUUAUGCUGAUCUGCAAGAAAUUUCACGUCAAUUACACGAAGAAUUACGUGUUCUAGACGAAAAUAUUGGGACUACUCUAUUACCUAUUGUUGUUAAAAAGAAAGCUUUGGGUCAAGACGAUGAUAAGCUACGCGAACAAUUAUCUCUUUUGGAGGAAGUACUAGAAGAAAACAAAGAAACUGGAUCUCUUGCUGCUUAA